CGCUACUUGGAAAAGCUCCAACAAGCACAAGAAGCUAGCUCAUUUCCUCCUUGCAAAACAGUGGAGAUGGCUAGGCCGGCUCUUGCGUUCUUGUGCUGCUACCUGCUGCUGGCGUCAGUCGCGGCUGCACGCGGUCUCGGCGACGGCGAGCCUCUCAGCCGCCGGAAGAAUGCAGCGCGCCGUCUCCGCGGGGGCGAGCCCCUCGGCGCCCGGAAGAACCCCGCCGACCCACACACCUCACCCGGGACUCCGAACUGCUCGCCGGCGCCGCCACAGAGUGGUGGUGGAGGGUAUAUCCCGCCAUCGCCAUCCUCCGGCGUGUCCCCGACCACGCCAGGUGGCGGUGGCGGCUACUACCCGCCCUCGCCGUCCGUCGGCACCUCACCGACCACGCCGACCACGCCUGGUGGCGGAGGCGGAGGGUACUACAACAACCCGCCGUCGCCGGACAUCGGCACCUCUCCGACCACACCGACAACACCUGGUGGCGGCGGUGGCGGGUACAAUGCUCCCCCGUCGCCGUCCAGCGACACAUCCCCGAGCACGCCCGGCAGUGGCGGCGGGUACGGUGCUCCCCCGUCGCCGUCCAGCGACACAUCCCCGAGCACGCCCGGCAGUGGUGGCGGGUACGGUGCUCCCCCGUCACCGUGCAGCGGCACCUCCCCAAGCACGCCUGGUGGCGGUGGCGGGUAUGGUGCACCUCCUUCACCGUCCAGCGACACCUCCCCAAGCACGCCUGGCAGUGGUUGUGGCGGCGGCUACGGUGCACCCCCUUCACCGUCCAGUGGCACCUCCCCAAGCACUCCUGGCAGUGGUUGUGGCGGCGGAUACGGUGCUCCCCCGUCACCGUCCAGCGACACCUCUCCAAGCACGCCUGGCGGUGGCGGCGGGUGCAAUGCCCCUCCUGCACCGUCCGGCGACACCACCCCAAGCACGCCUGGCGGUGGCGGCGGAGGGUACGGUUCUCCUCCGUCACCGUCCAGCGACACCUCCCCAACCACGCCUGUUGGCGGUGGCGGGUACGGUGCACCUCCUUCGCCGUCCAGUGACACCUCCCCAACCACGCCUGGCGGGGGCGGCGGGUACGGCGCACCUCCUUCGCCGUCCUCCGACUCCUCGCCGACCACGCCGGGCGGUGGCGGCGGGUACUACGGUCCACCUUCCCCGUCCUCUGAUACCUCCCCGACAACGCCCGGCGGCGGCGGAGGGUACUACGGUCCUCCUUCGCCGUCCUCUGAUACAUCUCCGACGACACCAUCGGCACCCAGUGGCGGCUACUACGGCCCUCCCUCGCCAUCCAGUGACACUUCACCGACCACUCCCGGCGGCGGCGGCGGCGGCGGACACUACGGCCCCCCUUCGCCUUCCUCGGACACCUCUCCGACCACGCCGUCAACACCUAGCGGCGGGUACUACGGUCCUCCUUCGCCGUCCAGCGACACCUCCCCGACGACGCCCGGCAUCACGCCGACUCCCGACGUGCCGUUGCCGCCUAUCAGCACGCCGCCGACGCCGUACUCUCCGCUGACGCCCACGCCGACUACCCCGACGCCCUACGACCCCAACACCCCGCCCUUCGCCGGCCCGUGCACCUACUGGAUGACGCACCCGGGCGUUGUCUGGGGCCUGUUCGGGUUCUGGUGCCCACUGGUGCGGCUGUUCGGCCCCAGCGCAGCGGUGCCGUUCGGGCACGACCUGACCGUGCCGGAGGCGCUGGCGAACACGCGCCAGGACGGCGUGGGCGCGCUCUUCCGCGAGGGUACGGCGUCGCUGCUCAACUCCAUGGUGGACAACAGGUUCGCUUUCACCACGCAGGAGGUGAAAGACGCAUUCGGCGCCGCGCUCAGCUCCGGCGACAACGGCGCCGCCGCGGCGCAGGCGCAGCUCUUCAAGAAGGCGAACGAGGGACGCGUCAAGUAGAAUUGGGCGACGGCCGUAUGUCCCCUAGGCAUGCAGUCGCAGUGCGGCGAUGCACGAGCAGUUCAGGGUUGAAGUGCUUUCCCCGCACGUGUGUUGAUCAUGGGUUUGAAGUUGCUAGUACCCUCUAGUGUAUUAGGCGUGCAUGUCAGCUUGUGGUCUUAAGUGGAUGCAGGGGGAGUGCUUCUGUUGCUUUCUUCUCUUUUCUGAAUUUGUGAUCCUUUAGUUUCGCGCAGAAUGUGAGUAUUCGGGCUUCUUUUGGUUCCUCCUUCCCCCUUUAACCAGUAUCGCAGAGGUGAUCAAGUGGUAGAAAUGGAACCGAAGUUCAUCUUCUACACUUAAA